GUCACCGAAAUAGUUUUCGUCGCAGGAAAAACGACAGGCAGCAAAAGAAGACCUUUUUAUAACGCUAUGGAGACUUUGUACAGCAUACCAUUCACUGUGCUCGAAUGCCCUAAUGUGAAGCUGAAGAAGCCGUCUUGGGUGCAUAUGCCGUCCGCCAUGACCGUUUACGCGGUGGUCAUCGUUUCCUAUUUUCUCAUCACUGGAGGUAUCAUCUAUGACGUCAUUGUGGAGCCGCCGAGCGUGGGUUCGAUGACCGAUGAGCAUGGACAUCAGCGGCCCGUGGCGUUUUUGGCAUACAGGGUUAACGGCCAGUACAUCAUGGAGGGCUUGGCUUCCAGCUUCCUCUUCACAAUGGGGGGCCUGGGCUUCAUCAUCCUGGAUCGCUCCAACGCACCCAACAUCCCCAAGCUCAACCGCUUCCUACUGCUCUUCAUCGGCUUCGUCAGCGUCAUCCUCAGCUUCUUCAUGGCCAGAGUGUUCAUGCGCAUGAAGUUGCCUGGAUACCUGAUGGGAUGAAGACACCGACCGAAGUCAACUGUGGAUGAUGAUUCAGCCAAUAUGGACUAAAAGCACUGAUGUCGCUUAAGAAAUUGAGAUAGAGAUGAAGCAAAAAGUGUGAUUUUUUUUUGUUUUUUUUGCUUUUUUGUUACAGUCUUGAAAUAAAGUUUUUCAGAAAGAAAUCGACAACUGAAUAGCUCAAUUUUGCCUUUAAUGUAGAGACAAAUGUUGCACAUUUAAAUCACAAUUUCAUAUUGCACACGUCGCACCAUUUAUAAUCAUUAAAUAUUGCAAAUCCCUGA